AUGGAGCGAUCUUGCGCUUUGUCUCGUGCGCAAGAUCAAGACGACAUCAAGCUCUACGGUAAGAAGGCAAAAGAGCUGGCGCGGCAGAGCCAUUGGGGAUUCGUGCUUAGCCUUCUGACGGAUUUGGCAACAAGAGACUUGAAGCUGAACCUGAUCCUUUGGAAUACAGCCAUAAGCGCCUGCCGAAGUCACUGGUCCCAUGCUUUGCAGAAGCUUUUCCACGGUGACCAGCUGCUUCCUGAUGAAAUCAGUUUCAACAGUGCCAUUGUGGCCAUCUCUGCUACGUCAGCCACUUCCACUUGGGCCAAGGCUCUACACCUGGCCUCUCACAUGGGGCAGCACCGCACACUGCCGGAUGUGGUGACAUGGAGUGGUGUUUUGACUUCUUCCACCUGGCAGCAUGGCCUUGGAAUCCUCCGGACGCUCCGUUUGCUGCGCCUCGAACGGGAUUUGAUCGCCCUCAGUAGCGCUAUUGCCGCUUGCGAAAGGGAUCAUCGUUGGUCCUCGGCGGUCUGUUUGCUUCACCUCUCCCACGAGGUUUCUGUGCGCCCAAACCAUGUCAGCUACAACAGUUCCAUCAGUGCCUGUGAAAAAGCGGGACGAUGGCUGCAGGCUGUGAGCCUUUUGGGUGAUCUUCAAUUACAACGCUGGGCGGAUGUGGUGAGCUACAACAGCGCGAUCAGUGCGUAG